GAAGCAGAAGCUAAAGGAAUUAAAUCAGGAUAUCAAACUGGCAUUUAUCAAUGAAAAUGGGAAGGAAAGAAAGUUUUUCUUAUGCCACCCUGGACAGACCCGGAAAUGGGAGAAUUUGUGGGUGAAUCCGCGGCUGCAUGUAACACGUUUUGACAAAGAUACCCCUCCUCAUGACCUGGCAAGCUACAAUGGAAACAACCUGUCUGAUAGGACACAAUUUUUGUCUGACAUGGGAUAUAAGGAAAAAGAUCUUCGUUUUAUGCCACUACAAGAGGAAUAUAGGUUCUCACCUUUCAACUACAGCUGCAUUGGCUUCAGAUCUACGGAAUCAUUUGUGGUGCACUUCCAUGUGACAAAUCCAGAACUGUGGCAGAUGGGUGGUGUCAUUUGUGGUAUCUUUAUGUUUUUCUGUGCGUCGUCUGAUAUAAGUUUGUUGUAUAGGGGCUAUCUGGUACCGCAUGAGGCAGGCAUGUUAAUCGUCAAUGCUGUGAUGAUUGAAGUUGCAAAUUUGAAAACGAAGCUGAAGAUUGCAGAAUUCAUAGUGAAGGCAGCGUCAUCAUUGGACCUCUUUGUACUACUGGUCUUCAAGAAGCUGCUCCCAGAGAGCUUGGCAGGGUUUAUGAAAAGCCUGUUCUUUCCUCGCCACACGCCGUUUUCGUCAUUAGUGAGCUUCGCCAUUGUGUAUAGCUUUGGUCCUAUUACUGACCCACGAAGCCUAAACUUGGUUCGCUGGGUCCUCCAGGCCUUGGGUUUGAGUCUCAUCUACCACAGCAGUCAAAUUGAAGAAGCCUCUGUUGCUAUCAUCUGGCUUGUGCUGGCAGUGUACCUGCGUCCACGAACUAUCCCCAGGUGGAUAAAGAACCUCUGGUGCAAGUCUUUUCGGCGAAAGGUUCACCUUUUGACAGAGGACGAAUACAACCGGGAAGGAGAGGAAGAGACACAGAAAGCACUAGAACAACUCCGGGAGUACUGCCGCAGCCUUCCCUUACUCAUAGCUGGUCAGCUUUCAUCCACUUCUCGGUUUGUUAAGUUUGUUUCCGGAGAGUUCCAUGUUACUGAUGAGGAAAUAGAGGAGCACAUCAUGUUUGUGCAGUCUCAGGAUUCCAAGGAUGUUGAGCUUCACCCCAGCCAGCCCCAGAUGCCCCAGACUGCUGAGCCUGAUGGCAGUGGCUCUAAGCCUAACAUUGUUAGUUCUUAGUAACAGUUAUUAUUUUCAUUUCCAUCAAAUAUGACGACGCCAUGAACCUGGUUCACAUUGAUGAUCAUUACUAAACAUUAUUUUAGUAAAAGCUGUUUGAGCACUUAUGUAAUUCGUUGACAUUCGGAUCUUAAUAAUCAGAACACAGAUUUAUAUAAAAAAAAAUGGUUUGAUUGUAUCUAAACUUUCUAAUAAGCAGUGCCCUACCCUACUAACAGUUCAAUGUGUGCGUGUAUGUGGAGGUGGAGUGUUGUCAGGGGAAGUAAUUUCCCUUUAGCAUUACAGUGUUGCAUAUAAAAUGGUCGUAUUAUAAUUUGUUAGCAUUUCCGUAUAGACGGAAAAUGAUGUAAAUGAGUACUUCAUUAUCACUUACCUAGUACAAUUAUAAGUUUUAUCUUUUCUUUAUUUUCUGUUUAAAUAAAUUCUCUUCCAAUUUCGUUGCCACUCUUGCUGUUAUCUUCCUUGGUAUUUUGGCUAGGAGGAAGGACUUGGUUACAGGAGGGUUGGUGUCGAUGGGUACAAAGAACGCCUUUGUAAGUAAGGUGCAUAUUUAAACAUAAAUUCUGUUCUUUAGUAUUCUAUUAAUCCAAAGGGAGACAUCCGCUGCCUUCAGAAAGUGGUUAACGGUGUCCAGUCACUUAAUCCCCAGACAUUUCAUCCCCGACACUUCAUCCCCUAGACUUUUAAUCCCCAGACACUUCAUCCCCGACACUUCAUCCCCUAGACUUUUAAUCCCCAGACA